AUGAAGGCGGUAGAUUACCUCAAAAAGCGGACACCUGCACGUGCGGCGCUCAUGAUUGCAGCAGUAUGGCUCAUGAGCGCACUCGUCUGUAUACCGCCGUUAUUGGGAUGGAGAGUUAGCAGACCUCUAGAGCAGUUUCCACAGUGCAAGGUGAGCAUUUCUACGUACCAUAGAUACAUAAAUAAGGGUGGAAGGUUACGUAGGCACCCAAGCGGGCCGUAA